UCCAUUCCGGUGUUCACAGGAAUUGGCAAUUCUUGGGGACGGAGGCGAAAGAGCAAACGAGGAACCGAGACACGAUUCCGCGGAGCGGGGAUGCCGAUCGUGUGAAGGGAAGUUUUGCUGGCGAAGGACAAGGGAGGGAGAGGAAUUGACAGGACGCGCAAAUGUGGGGAGGUAGCAUGGUUCGCAGUUCACUGAGUUCUCCGCUGGCUGGAAUUUGCUCCAGCAGUCUGCCACUGGUCCCUUGUCGACAGGCAUUAGCCAGAACAACAUUUCUGGGAAGGCGGACGAAGGGAAGCCUCUCACAAAGUUUGACAUUCUGCAAGACAUACAAGGCUGCUUUCACGCAUGACCUGAAGAACAGAAACUGUAGGGCGUCUCUCCCAGAUGAUGCACCUUUCGCGCUGGCAAUUGGGGCAUGUCUCCUUUCCACAUUAGUUCUACCAAACGUCGAAGAAGAAGAUAAUGAUAAGAAGGAAAAUUCGUUGUUUGGACCAGACGACAUGCGGUCCGGUGCCAUGCAGAUUAUAAGCUUCAUACCUUUAUUCAACUGGCUGGUCUGGAUUUUUGCUUGGCUGGACAGUGGAAAGCAACGAUACCUUGCGUUCGCCAUCGUAUAUCUUGCUCCUUACCUCAAGACUGGACUAUCGCUAAAUCCAGAAGAUAGUUGGCUACCACUCGCAAGUGUACUGGCCUGCAUUGCUCAUGUACAGCUAGAUCUAUCAGUCACUGGAGAAGGAUCGCAACCGCCUUUGAUUGACGUUUCAAAGUUGAUGUUGGAGAAGUCGCAAUUCAAGGAUCUUCGUGCUCGCACUGAAGGGCUGGUAGGACGAUUGAAGGAGCUUGCUGAACGAACGGAUGUACGCAGGGUAGAUGAAGCCGUCGAAGGUGAUGAACAAACUGCUGCAGAGUGGAAAGCAAUCCAAGAAGAAAAGGAGAGGGAUGAGUUGAAGGAGUUUGAUGAAAAGCUAGCCAGAUCUCGUUCUAAAAGGGGUGAAACUGUUGAAGAAGUCACCAAAGAGAUCGAGCGGUAGAAUCGUCUGACUUGAACGUUUUGCUAUUUUGGUCACUUGUCGCCGUAGCCGCCAAGGCUUACUGUAAAACCUAAGGAGGACCGUAGAAUAUAUCCAGUUCUGAUUUUGUACUUUAGACCGACAGUCUGUAGAUUGUUUCAAAUAUAUCAGUUUCCUGCAAUGAGGUCUCCAUAUAGAGAGAAGCCUUUUGACUUGUACUUGCACCUUUUGGUGCCAUGCAGUUGUAUAUUAUCUGAAAGAAGUUCAUCGGAGGGAAACAUUAAAAUUGUUCGAAUCUUAC